GGCUGCUGAAAUUGUCAACGACUUGCUAGCUUGUUGAACCACCCUCUAGCCUUAGCAACCUGCUUCUAUUACAAGGCACACCGGGAAUUAGAGUUUAUCUCUGUCGGGUUGGGGGGAAGCAUUUGCACGUUGUGGUUGCGUGGCUCUUUUGGGCUUCUCACGGCGUUGGUAGGGUUGCAAUCUGCACACCAGAGCUAGAGACAGCCGCGGGCUGCUGGCCCCUGGGUCGCAGCAAGCGCGGAGAUGUCACUCAAGCGGCACUACAAGUCCCGGGGCGCUGCGCGGGCAGUGCGCGCAUGCGUAGCGUUGCCGGCUGGUGCAGGUUGCGCUGAACCUGGUCGGACCUGAGUGACAACCCAGUCAAGAGUCCAGCCUGUGUUCCGGAAGAGUCGCUCAGCUCAAGGUACCACUGAAGAAAUAAUGCUCGAAUUAAGGAGCCGCCUGAUAUAAUGGCUGUUGAAGCUGUUCAUUGUAAUAACCAGAAUGGUGUGGAUCAUGCCGUUUGUACUGAAGAUGUAAGCCUACAAGUACUUGGUGAUCCAGAGGUCUUGAAUUCAAAUGAUGAAAAGAUAAUAAGAAUUGUGGAAUCAAACAACGUUCCAAAGAAUCUUCCCGUGCCAGACACAGAAUCGGUGAGGUCAAACCCUGGUCAAGUGAAGCUAAGCAAACCAGUGGCUUUAUGGACUCAGCAGGAAGUUUGUAAAUGGCUCAAGAAACACUGUCCCAAUCAGUAUCAGACUUACAGUGAGUCCUUCAAACAACAUGAUAUAACAGGUCGAGCGCUUCUGCGACUGACCGACAAGAAGCUGGAAAGGAUGGGUAUCGUCCAAGAAGUACAACGACAGCACGUGCUGCAGCAAGUCCUGCACCUGAGAGUCCGAGAAGAAGUUCGAAAUUUGCAAUUACUUACUCAAGCAGGUAUUGUGCAACAAACGCCAAGAACCAGGAGGCCAUCUGUCAGUGUGCAAAAGAGGGAAACUCUGAGCGGUGAACCUGGGGAACCCGAAGACAGAGGAACAAUUCGCAGAGCCUCUCUGGGAAACUCGCCAUAACUUCAAGUUUUUGAAGCUCUUGUUUCUCAUUCUUGACACAAGGACAGAAAACUUGUGGCUUUCCAAUCUCUGCUCCCACUGCAGGAUGGUAGCUAUCAACUACUGGAAAACCACUAUUCUGAGCAAUUCUUCCAGAAGCUUUUGAGAACUGAUGGAAUUUGGGACCCAAAUGUACAUCAUGUAUAUUGUUCAACCCUUCCACAUUCAAAGACUCAUUAAGAACUUUGAUUAUUUAAUGGUCAAUCUUUUUAAGCAGUUAGAUAUUUAACUAAAAACCUUUGAUUAUCCCAGUGGUGUUGUGUGAUAAAGGUUCAGUUUGUGUGAAGUUCAAAUAUUGCACCCAUAAGUUCUUCCUUUUGACGCCAGAAGUUGAUACUUAUUUUAGAAAUAAUAUAAUAAAAAUGAAGUUCUGUAAUGACUGUGUGCAGAGAAAUACCAACCAAUGGAAGGAGCACAGGUGAGAGGAUAGUGGCUAUUGCCUUUGCACUUGCUGCAUGAUAGUUGGAGUGUUGAAUUCAAAGUGAUACCAUCCUCCGCAAUCAGGGUUUUUCACAGGACAUAAUAUUACUUUGCAAACUGAAGUUGCGGGGUGUAAAAUCUUUCCUUAACAUGCAUUCAUGUUCAUACUAUUAAUACAGAUUAGUCACUUAUCCCCAGUGUUCCUCUUCUCCAUUAUGCUUUUUAGAGAAGUCCAUCAUCUAAACCACUUCAUUGAAUUAGAUGCAACAUCUGGGAACAUAAACAGAAUUGGAGAACUUUGGAUUUAUACUGACAUUUACUUAAAGUAAAAUUGCACAGCGAAAACAGAAAACUUCAAUUUAUUUUAAAUUGGCAUGACAUUUUGUCAUUCGUACGUGGUGAAAAAAGUGUUGGUCUGCAGCAAUAUGCCAUCCAAAAAAUAGACAGCAGGUAAAUAAUAUCAAUUUUUCCUAAAAUGCUUGCUGCAGGUCGUUAAGAGUGUAGUCUUGCUACCAUAAACUGAACUGUAUAAUGUGUUCCUUCUUUAAACAAGCUGUAAAUCACCCAAUAUGGUGCAAUGUUAUAAUCCAAUAUAUAAAUGUGAUUUUUAAUUUACUCCAUAGUCUAAAGGUAAUGUCUAGCAUUUUGGAUUUAUUUUCUGAAUUGAAGUAUGCAUAAUUCAUAUGAAAUCAGCUUGCAAAUAACCAUCUGUUUGAUUCAAGUAUUUUUAGUGUAUAUUACAGAGUUCUACUCUUUAAUGUUUUUCUCUUGUUUUCACUUUAAUAUAAUCUGCAUGUGGUGACUUGCAUAUGGAUGACCCCUAAAAUUUACUGACCUGGCUAGGAAAUUAGCCAAAUCACAGGAGAAAGCACUGAGAUUGAAGUAGGUACUCAAAUUGACAGGAUAUAACUAAUGGGGUACCACGAGGUUUUGUGUGAAGGCUAGAAUUAAUAACUGCACUUAUGUAAAUUGGAUGAUGGAUCAAAAGACACAUAUCUAAGUUUACCAAUGAUACGAAGAUGAGCAAGAAUAUAACCAGUGUAAAUGGGACAUUAAUUUAUAAAGAUUAUUCACAAAUUGAACAAAUGGCAAGACUGUGGCAUCUGGAUAAUUAAUUGAAGUGUCAUGGAUAAUUUCAAAAUGGAACAUUGGCAUUUACAUCGAAAAGACUGGACUAUAAAGGGAUAAUUUCACCACAAUUAUGCAAAGCUUUGGUUAGACUAAACUAGGAGUACUGAGCAUUUUUGAACAACACAUUUUAAGAAGCAUAUUUUGCUCAGGGAGAAAGCAUUAUUUAAAAAAAAGCUAGAUCUUUCAUGAGUGAAAUUGGGAAACAGAGGAUGGUAGAGAUUAGGAACUCUCACCAAAGUCGAUUGCUGUUAGGUCAACUGUUAAUUUUAAAUCUGGGACUGAUGAAUUUUUGUUCCCCGAAUUUUCACACCAGACCACGAUUAGAUUGAAUCAAGAGGUUAAAUAUCCUAAUUUUGUUCCUACGUUCCUUUGAUCUGUUGAAUAUACCAAUAUACAAUGUGGGUCAAUUAUAAUCUGAAAGCACGCCCUAAAUAAAGCGCAUUUGGCAGAUACAAUUGGUAAUUAGCACUAUUAAAUUCCAUCUCCUCUGACUUUACUUUGAAAUGAAACUCCUGGCUCAUACUAGAAAGAAAAAACAAACAGACAUUGGGAAUUAUUAAACAAGAUUGUGCUCCCUACCAGUGAAUACAUUGAAAAUCCUUCCUGCUCCCUCUUUCCAUACAGUAUUUGAGGUCCUCCUAUGAAAUUUGGCAGAUACAGGAGGCAUUUUAUUUUUGGGACAGUUGCACACUGUACAGCAAUGAUUUCUGUUCCAUUCCAAAUGCUUUAUCCAGAAAAUUCACUGCAUAGGGAAAAGGAUUUUAGCAACUUUAGUUCCCAUAUACAUUAAUAAUGGUGCGCAUUGUUAAAUUAUGUGUAUUUCAAAUCAUAAAUUAAAUUUUUUUUUUAAUUUUAUUUUAAAUUUAAAUUAAGUUUUUAAAUUUUUUAAAUUUUACUUACAGCAUGGUAACAGGUCCUUCCGGCCCAACGAGUCCGCGCCGCCCACUUUAAACCCAAAUUAACCUACCCGUACGUUUUUGCAAUGUGGGAGGAAACCGGAGCACCCGGAGGAAACCCACGCAGACACGAGAGAACGUACAAACUCCUUACAGACAGUGACGGGAAUUGAACCCCGAUCACUGGCGCUGUAAUAGUGUCGCGCUAACCACUACGCUACCGUGCCGCCCCAAUCAUCCUUUGAAGAUAUACUAGCAUCCGAGGAAAGGAGUGCAGAGCUGCUCCAUGUGAAUAUAGUCCUAUUGAAUAACCUGACGAGAUGAAAAGUAAUAUUUCAAUAAUGAUAAAGACUGCCAAUUUUUACCUGCAGUUUAUGAAAUUCUUCAGCCAAGCAAUUAAUGCAUAAAUCAAGGGUAAGUGUUAUUAGGAACAGAUAUAGGAGCUAAAUCCAAAAGUGAAAUGAAUAUUCUUGACAUGUCUCAAUGGCUAAACACACUAGCAUCAGACUUGUGUAUGAAACAUCCCAUGUUUUAGCCAUCUGUUCAGAAUUGAGAUAGCCAAUCUUUGCAGGGUUGGGUCAUAGAGAUCUCCAAAGCUAAACAUGUAAAUCAGUUAUUUGUGAUCAUUGUCAAUAAUAUGUACUGGUAGUAUGUUACCUGUUACCAUAGGUUGACAUGAAUCAUGACUUUGGGCAAUGGUUUCUUUUUAACUCAAAGGUUGAAUUAGAUUCAACAAAGUGAUUUUGAAAGUCCGAUAAAGCUCAGGUUGUUUUGAAAAGCAAUGGCAAAGGUGCUGAAUAUCAUCUUUCCAUUUACGGCUUACCAGAAUUUUAACAGUUUGAAUUUUCAUUACCCUCCGCACCCCAAACAAAAGUAGAAAAAGGAACUCUCAAAUUUAAUUGAAAUUUUUAUUUGAGAUGGAAAGCCCAAUAAAAAUUCCAUAAUGCCACCACGUAUAUGAAAUGUUAUUUCAAAUCUGCUAACUUUGAUUGAAAAGUUAAAAUUGAAGAAAAUUGGUGAUUAAGUUCAGAGCCAAUUUCCACCAUCUCUAUCGUCUGCCUCGCUUCCACCUCCCCUCUGUUGUCUUUUCCUUCUGGUUGUCUCCUUAACCACUUCAUUUUAAGUGAAUUUAAGUGACCUCAGUGUUCUGUUAACCCUAUAGUAUUGGUGCUGUUAACAUAAUGACUUGAAGUGUUAAUUAGACCACUUCCCUGAACACUUAACAGGCUCUAAAAUAUUUUUUACACAGUUGCACUUUUGAAAAAGAUUCUACAAUAAUUGUGGUUUCUGUUUGUAUAAUCAUUUCUAAACUUUUUAAUUUCAAAAGUUGCAGUACACUGAACAAAUGAAAAUAAUGAUUUUUUUCUAUCUUGGGUUAUGAGCGGUUUCUAAGUUUUCUACCAGUUGUUUUCACUAUUCUCUUUAACAGAAUUCUUCAAUAGCCAUUAUAGCGAAGAACAAAUGCAUAGAAAUAGUUACCAAGCAGUAAUCUCAUAGAGAAAAAUUUUGCUUGAGUACUUUGUAAUAGUCAUCUACAUGAACACGGUUGCUGCUUGGAAAUUGGUUGCUGUAGUUCCUGGUCUAUGAAAUUGGUAGAUAGUAGUUUAAGUUUUUCUUUACAGUGCAUGUCAGGACAGCUGUUGGCAACAGCAUCGAAAGAUUAAAUCAUAGCAAGUUUAUCGAAUGAAAGUAUGCAUUUUGUUUCCAGAAAGACAAACUGCGUUUGUUCUUGUGCACUAGGACAUACCAUUAUGCUACAGACUGUUUUUAAAAUAACGUUUUGCUAAUGCCAAUUGUUAAUAUAAUAAAGCACCUUGUGUUUUCCUAUUAAACUGGAAAACUGUUCAAUCCAAUUAAGAAUUAUAUUGCUCUGGUAAAUGUCUUAUUUGAACAAAGAUUUAAAAUACUGUGGUGCAAUUUAUCCUGUUCAAUGACAUAACUAUAUGAAAUAUGUGCAAACUAAAAAGUGAUGAAAUAGAACAGUGAAGCUCUGGGAAUAGAAAUUAAUAUCUGAGAGCAGUUUGUAGGAAGGAAGAAAGAUGUACUGUUUAUUUAUGCAUGUAUAAAAAUGUGAUGUUCACAAAGAUGUAAUGGUUAUAGUAUUUAUAAUUAGCAUCAAUAGUUCUUUUCAUGUUGAGUGGCUGGAAUUUAAUAUUGUAUAUGCAUUUUCCAGAGUACCAAAUAUUUUAAUAUUUGUUUUUAGAUGUAUUAAUAUUCAUUAAUUUCAAGUAAAGUAGAGUGAUUCAGA